AUGGUACCACCAACUCUCAGAAUGUCCUCUAAGCGUCUUUUAGACAGCUUUAGAAGCUCAGUUACAGAGGAGAUGAAUACCAAAGACCUCGCAGAAUCAUCUUUGAGCAUCAAGUCAUCCCUCACUGGCAGCCAGAGAGGCCUCGGGACUUCCGAGGGUGCAGCAAUUGUAAAUCCAAAGGGAGAGCGCCUGUCAGAAGCUAUUCGGGCACGAAGCAACGAAUCAGAAGUAGACGCAUCUUAUCACCAUGGCAUCCAUCCUGUCAUACCUAUAAAUGGUGAUCAGCAACUGCCAUCUCAAGCAGAGCUGUUCUAUAACUCUCCCAGUGCCAACCAAUAUACAGAUCGGUACGAUAGUCGUCGCGGCAAGCAGCCAGCCCGAGAAAUCUUCCAAACUUCCACUCCGAUGAGUAGCAGCAGCAGGUUCCGUACAUCUGCGAACACAAGUUCUGUCAGUCUGAUAAACACACCAGACAUCCAGUAUCGGACCUAUUCUUCGGAAUCAUCUAAGGACCAGGCGGGAGGCAGAAAGAAUAAAUCUAUGUCAGCUCUUCGACAAAGCUCAACCCCCCAUGAUAUCGAUAGGCUUUAUUCAGCAGGAGCAUCGACUGCAGCUGCGGCGAACAAGCCAGCCAACGACCGAUAUGGCAUGCAUACAUUCAAGAGCCUCAACAUACUUGCACAACGUGCUAUUGAGAUACUUCUAAGCCAGCACCCAGAUGCCAAGUCCGAGUUGCAAAUCCUCAAGCGGGCUCUACACGAGCAGGAAGAGUUCAUCAAAUUGAACCAGGAGAACCUAGAUGCAGGUGUACAUAAAGCAAUGUGGGAGUCUUGCAACAAGCUUGCGAGGUUGGUGAACAGAGUCAAUGAGCAUCAGGAGUUAAUCCAGACGUUGUUCGGCCGCUUGGAUGAAAAGGAGAAGGCUGCCGGCAUCAAGAUGACGGAGCUAAACCAUGCAAACCACAGGAUCAAGCUCUUGCAGGAUGAAGUCAUCAAGAAGGAUCAGGUUGCAGAUCUCAAGCACAAUGAGUAUAUUACCGCCAUCGCUCGCCUUGAGAGGGAAAGGGAUGAAGCAGUCGAAAAGCUGGCUGUCAUUGAGGAGAAGCUGAAACAUGAGAGAAAUCGUGCUAACGGAGAAAAGAUAUCAAAGGAAGCUGCACUCCACGCUAACCAAGCCAAUAAAGCCCAGUAUGCCUUCUAUCGUGACUACUAUGAUCAGCAGGAGGCUUUGUACCGCUCCGUCUUUGGCAAAAGCCGGAAGCCUGAUGGAGUUGAGACUAAAGUCACUAGAGUCAGCGGGCGUCCAAUCAAGACAAAGAUAGGUACUAUGCCGACAAUCAAGGAAGAUGAAGAUAUGGAGAAUCGUGAUGUUGGAAGCAACUUGCGUGUUGGUGCUGUCAGACAAGUGACACAGACCCUUCGAACCAAAUAUCGCACGUCCAGUGGUACCGAGGAACCUCUCCGUGGUUUCGAAUUUCUUGCCGCUCUGGAUGAUAUAGAGAAGGAUCUAGAGGACCUAGAAAAGGAGCGGAGGGCAGAAAGAGCUAAGAAUCUGGAUCGGAAUGCUCGCCAUUGUUCUUUCUGAAUUUUGAAACACUGUAUCUGUGGCUUUGAUCUGCUUUGCUUAUCCUCUGGGGAUGUUGUCGGUUUGUUGAGUAUGGAGUCUUGCAUAUCGGGUUUGCCCUUCGAAGGAAAUAAUCCGCAUCAUCUCCGGUUGCUCUGGUACAAAUUUCUUAUGGCUGCAUGGAGGUAGCACUUGCUCACAGAUAAACAUGGAAGAAUGGAAUCAGACUAAUCGAGC